AUGGCCGACUCCACCGGCCACGUCGGCGGCCCAGACCGCCCUCCACUACUGGCUGCGUUUUCUCUCACCCUCGUCUGCUGGGUUGGCCACGCCUCUCGCCGACCCCCAAAUCUCGGGAUCUCGUCUCGGCGCACCACCAUCUGCCACCCGUCAUCCAUCAUCCCCGCUCCUGACCUGGUCCUGUCCAUGUCCACCGCCAUCGCAGCAGCCAUACCCUGCCGUGACCAACACACCGGCUCAGUCUAA